AUGGAACAGAACACUGGGACUAUGGAUACAAGAUUUUCUCAAGAAAAAAUAGAUUUUCAAGAACAACAGUUUUUGAAUCCUCCUAGCUCCAUGGCAAGCCCAGAUUCAACUGUUAAGGAUGAUUAUACAUACACUGAGAUGCACUGUGUAGCACCAGAGGAGUAUGACCUAAGGAAAUCGGCAGAGAACAAUGAAUUACCAGAGAGCGUGAAAAGUGUUUCUCCUCCGGGAGAGGCGAACUCAAUUGGAUAUGACGGUGUCGACUCGACCAUGGAUGUGGACGACUGUACUUCUUCGGAUAUCGACUUCAAUUUCAACAUUGCCAUUAAUUAUAUAAUGAGUGAAAUGGAAUCAUCAGAUGCAGUCUCCAAUUUGUGCUUGAAGGACUAUGAAAACAGCACCAUCAGGAAAGUUCUUAUUUCAACUCUAAUAUCACCUGACUACCUACCAGUUUACACACAGUUUUAUGGAAAGAACAUGUUUUUUAUUCUGGAGUUUGGCUACCGAGUUGCAGAAACAGCCAUGAAACUCCCAGUAUUGAAUUUGGCGGAUCUGAUCCGCGCUGAGUUCGACAUCGCAUUCUUCACUGACGAAGCAAAGCAAGGUUUCCUUGCUUUCAGUGAAGCUGAAUAUGCUUUUCUAGCCGGAGUCAACUCUGCCACAACUCCUGAUGAAACACGAAUGUUGUUGCUUCGCUUCUUGAUUGAUGCUGAUGCUUCAUGCGUGGAAGAAAAAUGUAGUACCACCGAGGACUUGCCUCAGCUAAUUGAAUUUGUCGUUAUGAUAAACUGCCUCAUUCACAAGACUAUGGUGUGCACCACACAAAUCAAGACCUAUCAACUCGAGAACUUGCUGACAGCUGCAAGAAUCGUAUAUGAGAACUUAAGAGUGUUUGUGGAUUUCCUGGGAAGUUGUUGUAGUGUUGUGCGACACAAGAUGACAAAAAUGCACUAUAUCUAACUUGCUAGUUCCUUCAUUGAAUGGUAGUAUGUGGUCAAGUUAUUAGUAAAUAAAGUUUCUCUAAAUCUGCAGUUGAUAGAAAGUAUUGACUGCUACAAAUAAAGUUGAUACAGCUUCCCUUGUGUAAAAAGAAAAUGUAACUUCCUAAUUUAAAAAAAUUGGACUGUAUUGUAUUGUUAAUGUUAUUUGCCUUGCACACACACAAAAUUUCAAUAUCAGGGAUCCACAAGGUCAGACAGAAUUAGUUUAAAAUAAAAUAUUUAAGAAUAAUAGUGUAAAAUUAAAAAUUUUUGACAAAUCGUUUUGGUUAUGAAGUUACUUUCAUUAAUUUUAUUGCUGAACUCUACAUAAUUUGGUCUCAUAUUUAAAUCAAUUUCUGUUGAAAUGGUCCUCAAAUCUUUAUAUAAGCAAAUGCAGGUAAAUUUUCCAACAUAUUUUCUAUUUACUGGAUAUUCUGUCAUUCUAUGCUGUAUACAGCAAUUGUUUCAGAGUUGAACUGCUAUGGGUGCAAAUAUUAAAGGAAUGUUACCGACAUCAAUUCUGCUCCCAGUGGAAACUUUAACAAGUUUUUUCAAGUCAGGAUAACAACUAUUAAAACUCUGGUUAAUCACAUUCCAACAUACAAUCUGUAUUAAAAUUGUAUUUGUAUUAAAAAGCAGUGCAUUAAUGACAUAAAGGAUUGCAGAAAUAGAUGUAAUAGAAGAAGGCCCACAC